CCCGGGGGCGGCGCCGCUGGCUGGUCCCGUUGCCGGCCGCGGGGCAGGGGAGCGCAGCGGCCCGGCGCGGCCCGCGGGAUGCACGGGGGCGGCGGGCGGCCGGGCUGGAGACGCCGCGGGGCAUGCUGAGCCCGCAGCGCCCGCGCCCGCGCCCGCGCCGCGCGGGGACCCGGCCGGCGGCCGCCGCGCGGCUCCUGCUGCUGCUGCUGCUGCUGCUGCGGGGCGCCGGGGCGCAGAAAGGUGAUGGUUGUGGACACACUGUUCUGGGCCUGGAAAGUGGAACUCUUACUUCAAUAAACUACCCACAGACCUAUCCCAACAGCACGGUGUGCGAGUGGGAGAUCCGUGUAAAAUCCGGACAGAGAGUUCAGCUCAAAUUUGGUGAUUUUGAUAUUGAAGAUUCAGAUGCUUGCCAUUUUAAUUACUUGAGAGUUUACAAUGGAAUUGGACCCACCAGGACAGAGAUAGGAAAAUACUGUGGUCUAGGCUUUCAGAUGGACAGUUUAAUUGAGUCAAAAAGUAAUGAAGUCACAGUACAGUUCAUGAGUGGGACACACCUUUCUGGGCGUGGAUUUCUUGCCUCAUAUUCAACCACUGAUAAAACAGACCUAAUAACCUGUUUAGACAAUGCAAGUCAUUUUUCUGAACCAGAAUUCAAUAAGUAUUGUCCAGCUGGAUGUGUGAUUCCUUUUGCUGAUAUUUCUGGCACUAUUCCUCAUGGAUAUAGCGAUUCCUCGUCACUUUGCAUGGCUGGUGUGCAUGCAGGAGUGGUGUCCAAUAUUCUGGGUGGCCAAAUCAAUGUUGUAAUCAGCAAAGGCAUUCCAUAUUAUGAAAGCUCUUUGGCUAAUAAUGUCACCUCAAAAGUAGGACUAUUAUCUGCAAGUCUCUUCACAUUUAAGACUAGUGGUUGCUAUGGGACACUGGGAAUGGAAUCUGGAGUAAUCCCUGAUUCUCAGAUUACUGCAUCAUCAAGUCUAGAGUGGCCUGACGAAACAGGCCUGGCAAACAUCUGGACUCCUGAAAGAGCCAGAUUGAAAAGGCCUGGACCUCCUUGGGCUGCUUUUACCACUGAUGGAUAUCAGUGGUUACAAAUAGACCUGAAUAAAGAAAAGAGAAUAACAGGCAUUAUAACUACUGGAUCCACCAUAGCAGAGUACUACUAUUACAUCUCUGCCUACCGAAUUCUAUACAGUGAUGAUGCACAGAAAUGGACAGUAUACAGAGAACCUGGUGUUGAUCAGGAUAAGAUAUUUCAAGGAAACACUGAGUAUUACCAGGAAGUUCGCAAUAACUUCAUUCCACCUAUUAUUGCACGUUUUGUUAGGGUUAACCCAUUAAAAUGGCAUCAGAAAAUUGCAAUGAAAGUGGAACUGCUAGGAUGUCAGUUUAAUAUAGGUCGGGCUCCAAAACUUACCAUGCCACCACCACCACCACAAAGUAGCAACGACUUCUCCCUGCAGACUGAUAAAACAACCUCCACUCCUGAGAUCAAAAACACCACUGUGACUCCAAUUGUAACCAAAGAUGUGGCACUGGCAGCAGUCCUAGUUCCAGUAUUGGUGAUGGUCUUCACUACUCUCAUUCUGAUCUUAGUGUGUGCAUGGCACUGGAGAAACCGAAAGAAAAAAGCUGAAGGAACAUACGACUUACCUUACUGGGAUCGUGCAGGGUGGUGGAAAGGCAUGAAGCAGUUUCUCCCUGCCAAGUCAGCAGAGCAUGAAGAAACCCCUGUUCGCUAUAGCAACAGUGAAGUUAGUCACCUGAGACCAAGAGAAGUCCCAACUAUCUUACAGGCUGAGUCUGCAGAGUAUGCUCAACCACUGGUAGGGGGAAUCGUUGGCACACUUCAUCAGAGAUCAACCUUUAAACCAGAAGAAGGAAAAGAAGCAAGCUAUGCUGAUGUGGAUCCUUACAACUCACCUGUACAAGAAGUUUAUCAUGCUUACGCUGAACCAUUACCUGUCACUGGACCAGAAUAUGCAACCCCAAUAAUCAUGGACAUGUCGGGUCAUUCCACCGCACCUCUUGGUGUCUCUUCUAUUUCUACUUUCAAGGCUACAGGGAACCAAGCCCCUCCCACAGUGGGAACUUGCAAUAAACUCUUAGCUAGGACAGAUAGCUCAUCAUCUGCACAUGCACUGUAUGAUACACCAAAGGGAAUGCCUGGACUGGGUUCCUCAGUUGAAUUGGUGUAUCAGGUACCACAGAGCAUGCCACAUUUCACAGGAAGUUGAGAACUGAGAUGUGUACUGCAUAGUGGUUUCACCUCUCAGCGGAGAAGCACUUCCACCAGGGACUGGAUGGUACAAGUACUAAAACAAAACAGUCACCACUACCAAGAGAUUGAAGUCAUCAGACUCAGUCUUUCAAGACCUUGAUAACCAGGCUGGAUCCAUUUAAACCACAGUGGUUCAAAUAACCAAAUUUUAAUUUAGUUGUGCAUUUGUAUUUUUUGGUCGCUUUCUUGAAGAAAAAGUUAAUUCUCAUUGUAUGGUAUCCAUUAAAAGAUAUUGAUUUGCAACUAAAUAUAGCUCGCUUUCUAAAUUUGGCACUUCUUGCCAACCAGGAAGAUACUCUAUAUCUAUAUAUGUUUUAUUUAAGCAAUUAUAUAGCACAGCAUUCAUUUAUUCAGAUAAAUUUACAAUUUUUAACAUUAAAAAUGGUGAAUAAUGCAUUUCUUUUGUAGAUUUUUUUUUUUUUUUACACUAGUGGUUUCUGUCAAGCUGCUUGUGGACUAGAAAUUGGAACUCAAUUAAAAUUCAGUUAAAUUCAAAUAAACAGCAUUUUUAAUUGUUUUAUUAGUUAUAUAAUAGCUUAUAUAUAACCUUAUAUAUGUUAAACUUACUUGCUUACACAUUUGCAUUUAAAACU